ACCAAAAAAAAAAGAAGUAAAAGGAUAAUACAAAACCCCUUUCGUCUUCUCAAAAUCCAACACUACCACACAGACAAAAACUCACCGACGAACAAUGGCGGUUUCUUCUGGAACAUUCUCCACCUUCCUCUGCAUCAAAACGCCGUCGUUCCACAACAACGCCUCGAUUCCUCCUUCGUCUCUCCGGGUAACCUCUCACCCAGCGGCUAAACUACGCUUGGUCCGAGCUGUAACAUCUGCGACAGAGUCUUCAGAGCCAACGGCAACUAAUAAAAGGGUGCCACGUGGUAUCAUGAAGCCUCGACCAGUGACUCCUGAGAUGCAAGACAUCGUUGGUCUUCCUGAGAUCCCUCGUACACAAGCUCUUAAACGCAUUUGGGCUUAUAUCAAAGAACACGACCUUCAAGAUCCACAGAACAAGAGAGAGAUACUAUGUGACGAGAAGCUAAAGAAGAUAUUCGAAGGCAAAGAUCGGGUUGGGUUCCUCGAGAUUGCAAAGCUCAUUGGUCCUCACUUCCUCUGAUGAAAAUUCCGCGAAAACUUUAUCCGAAUGAUACCCUAUGUUUUGUUGAGCUGUUAGGGCCAUGAAAGAAAAGGGUAUUUCAAGUUGGAGAAGACUUUAGAUUAAGUUUAGUAGAUUAGGGGGAUUUUGCAAACAAACUACUUAAGAAGGUUUACUUGUCUUUUGGGGGCGCUUCAGUGGAUGUUAUGUAGACCUUUGCUCCUAAUAUCGUUUUUACGUUUUCGUUUCCAUUUCA